GCCACAGAGAAGAGAGCCACAAAUAAAAAAUCAAAUUAUUGUUUCAUAUAUAUCGCCACUUCCCAAAAGCUUCUUGAUUAGGAAGACACAAAAAUCAAGAAAAAAGCCAAAUUAUGUCUUCUCGCGCCUCUUUCAUCUUCCUUUGCUUUUUCUCCUUCCUUACUUGCUUCAAAGUUUCUGCUCAAAAUCAAGAUCACACUUACCUUUACCAUAUUUGUCCCAACACGACGACGUAUUCAGGAAACAGCACUUACUUGACCAAUCUCAGAACCGUUUUGGCUUCUCUCUCGUCCCGUAACUCCCCUUACUCCACCGGAUUCCAAAACGCCACAGCCGGGAAAGCUCCCGACAGGGUCACCGGGCUUUUCCUCUGCCGUGGUGACUUGUCGCCGGAAGUUUGCCGUCGCUGCGUCACCUUUGCCGUCAACGACACUUUCAAUCGGUGUCCUAAGGAGAGAGUGGUCGUGGUUUAUUACGAUGAGUGUAUGCUCAGAUACUCUAACGAGAGUAUACUCUCAACCCUAAGCACCGGUGGAGGAAUGUAUAUGUGGAACAACCAAAACGUUACAUCUAACCAACUCGACCAAUUCAAAGAUUUGGUCGCGUCCACUAUGAACCAAGCCGCCACUGAAGCUGCCAACAGUCCCAGAAAAUUCAGCGCAAGAACAGCCAAUUUUACUCGGUUGCGGAGUUUGUACGGACUGGUUCAGUGCACUCCUGAUCUGACGAGACAAGACUGUUUGAGUUGUCUUCAACAAAGCAUUAAUCAGUUACCUACUGACAAAAUUGGGGGAAGAUUCAUUAUGCACAGCUGUAAUUCAAGAUACGAGCUUUACGCGUUUUACAACGAAUCCGCCAUUACAAUACCUUCACCACCGCCGCCACCACCACGGCCGGUUUCUGCUCCUCCUGUGUCAGCUCCUCCUCGACCUGGGAAAGGUGGGAAUUCAAAUGUGUUAGUGGUAGCCAUUGUUGUACCUAUUGUAGUGGCUGUUCUGCUUUUCAUAGCUGGUUAUUGUUUCCUUGCAAAAAGGGCAAAGAAGAGUUAUGACACAACAUCUGCAUAUGAUGGAGAUGAUAUCACAACCGCAGACUCACUGCAGCUUGAUUAUAGAAAAAUUCAAACUGCAACUGAUGAUUUUGCAGCGAGUAAUAAGAUUGGUCAAGGUGGAUUUGGUGAGGUUUACAAGGGCACGUUAACGGAUGGGACUGAAGUUGCGGUGAAGAGGCUAUCAAAGUCAUCAGGACAAGGUGAAGUAGAGUUCAAAAACGAGGUUGUUGUGGUUGCAAAGCUUCAGCAUAGAAAUUUGGUCAAGCUUCUCGGGUUUUGUCUAGACGGAGAAGAAAGGUUACUCGUGUACGAUUAUGUCCCCAACAAAAGCCUUGAUUUUUUCCUCUUUGACCCUGCAAAGCAAGGUCAGCUGGAUUGGACUCGACGAUACAAGAUUAUUGGUGGAGUUGCUCGAGGGAUUCUGUAUCUUCAUCAAGAUUCACGACUCACAAUCAUACACCGUGACCUCAAAGCAAGUAACAUUCUCUUGGAUGCAGACAUGAAUCCUAAAAUUGCGGAUUUUGGAAUGGCCAGGAUCUUUGGAUUGGACCAAACCCAAGAAAACACUAGCCGAAUUGUUGGUACCUAUGGUUACAUGUCUCCCGAGUAUGCAAUGCAUGGUCAGUACUCAAUGAAAUCUGAUAUCUAUAGCUUUGGAGUGUUAGUUCUUGAGAUUAUAAGCGGAAAGAAGAAUAGCAGCUUCUACCAAACAGACGGAGCACAUGACUUGGUCUCAUAUGCUUGGAGGCUUUGGAGUAACGGGACACCAUCAGAACUUGUGGAUCCAGCUAUUGCAGAUAGUUUUCAAAGAAAUGAAGUUGUUCGAUGUGUCCAUAUCGGUCUUUUAUGUGUUCAAGAAGAUCCUGCUGAGCGUCCUACAUUGUCAUCCAUUGUUAUGAUGCUCACUAGUAACACUGUGACUUUGCCCGUCCCACGGCAACCAGGUCUUUUUUUCCAGAGUAGAAUUGGAAAAGAUCCUCUUGAUACGGACCAAUUUUCAACGACCAGGUCUCUUAUAGGAUCUGUUGACGAUGCAACGAUCACAGAUUUAUAUCCUCGUUGAGUAUAAAUGAUUAUCUUCUUGCCUGAUUCCUGAAUCUAUUGGUGUCGAAAAUAAGUUAAAUUGUUUUGUAUUUUUAGUACUGUAAUUGUAACCACAAGUCCACAAGCUUGCAUGAGAUAUAUACCAUUUACAGGUUUCUUCUUGAAUAC